GACAUCCGAAGGGAACUUGCCACAGUCCUUUAAGCCACCCUCUGCACGACCAAUCAUGCAUCUCCCGGUGGUUCUCGCUCUGCUGGCCGGUUCGGUGUCGUCGGUUGUCGCUGCACCUGCUGCUGAGUCGCAAGGGGCGGAUACUGGCCUGCGUCUCAUCAAGACCUCUCCUGAAGAUCCCGGGAAAUGGGUCACAGAAGAGCAAAAGAUCAGAGACUACAAGUCCAACGGCAUUGGCUUUGUUGAUAUUACCGACAUUACCGACGACGAUGUACUUGCGGCACUGUCCGCCCCUGACACUCAACAGGAGAAGGCACUCUCAGCGCAGGCUGUCGAUUAUCCCUCCAGCGUCGGGCAUGAGGGCGAGGCCAACCCCCUUCUAGCACAGGUGUCGGUUACUAGUCCGAAGGACUGGCUAAAGACCUUGACUGAGUUCUACAACCGCUAUUACCAAAGCUCAUACGGCACCGAGGCAGCGACGUGGCUCUUUGACACGGUCAAGAGCGUUGCCGCAGAGAACUCAGCCAUCUCUGUCACGCAGUUCGCCCAUUCCUUCAAGCAGCCGUCCGUCAUUGCGAAGGUUCCCGGUACCACGGAAGACUUAGUCAUUGUCUCGGCCCAUUACGACUCAACCGGUGGUUCCUCCAGCGCGCGGGGGCCCGGAGCCGAUGAUAACGGCUCCGGCGUCGUGGUCCUUCUCGAAGCCCUGCGCGUCUUGGCCAGCGCCGGAUUCAAACCGAAGAACACGCUCGAGUUCCAUUUCUACGGCGGGGAGGAAGGUGGUCUGCUCGGCUCCCAGGACGUCUUUUCCGAUUACAAGUCGUCCGGAAAGACGGUGCUCGCCGUCCUCAACCAGGAUAUGACAGGCUACUCGCCUAGCGGGAAGAUGUCCAUCUUCACCGACUACGUCGACUCGGCUCUGACGGCCUAUGCCCGGGUCGUGGCCACCGCUUACAUUGGCGCGACCACUAGUGAUGCCUGUGGAUAUGGAUGUUCGGACCAUGCAUCGGCUAGGUCCAACGGAUUCCCGGCGGCUUAUGUUUGCGAGGACAAGAUGGAUGCUUCCUCGCCGUACAUCCAUACUUCCAGAGAUGCUUACUCGACCAUUAUGUGGGAUGCCGUGCUCCGACACACCAAAUUCACCGUCGCCUUCCUGGUUGAGGCAUCGUUCCUCUGAGGGAUAAACGAUAUCUUUGGAACAGGGGAGCUGGCUUGGGUCCUCGGCCGGUCAAUACUCAAGUGGAUGGAACGAGCGGGAAGAUAUCACGGGUUUGGGUAGGGCGGAGAUCACAUGCAGAG